CUUCAAUGGGCGUAAAUCAAACUGGAAGUAAGUUCAGUGGGAGUAAGUCAAAUUUUCAUAUUUCAUACUUUGGAGUAAGUCCCUGAACUUCCCCCUCCUCAAAAAAUUUGUAACGAAAACCCUGGAUACUUGCAUAUAUUUCGCAACUACUUACCAGGUUAUCUGCCAAAUACUCGAUGAAGUACUAGAUAAGUACUUAUACUUGUUAAGUUACUUGAUAAACAUCUUUUUUACUUGCAGAAAACGCCAUGUACUCUGGACAUUACUUACCCAAGUACUUUUCUAAGUACUUGGCCUCAAGUACAUUCACUAUGGUACUCAUUCAACAUCAACUAACAAUUACCGUCUCGAGCAUAUUAUUGAAUUGAUGUACCUAUUUUUGUCUGGAUACUGUGCGGUUUUAAGAAUUCGUUCUGAGUUCAGAAGAUAAAAGAUUUUCUGCUCUACAAAACUCUCUAUAUAGCACACUUAUACAGCGUCAUUUGGCCAGUCCUUUCUCCUGCUUUUGUUAAAAUUCACGUUGCCAGAAAGUCCCAAUUAACCUGUGCACUAAAAUAUUUACAAUUUGAGUGACCGAACGGAAAAGCAGCGUAGUCUGGAUGAUAGCCCUCAAUUCCCUAAACAUUUUUAUAGCACCCUCUUUUCUCAGUUAUCAUAUUAUUUCUCGAAAAUCACAUAAAAGCCAAAAAGCUAUCAAAAUUUUGAUAGUAAAUCGCAGUUAUAAGUUUUACGUGUCCUUACUCUACGCUGUCUUUCUAAAUAAUAAAAUAAUAUGUAAUGAAGGAAGGCAAUGGAUUUUGUAGAGCAGAAAAUUCUCUAUUGAAUGAGUCUAGAGUGGAGUCCUAGAACCUCAAUUGAGUGCACAGAAAUAAGUUGCAAAAGUGUGUCAUGCUUUCUGGGCCACCCGUUAUGAAAGUCCAUUAGGAAUCGUGUUAGGUUAACAUCCCACAAUUGGAAGAUACUUCUUUAUUUCUCAUUACAAGAUCAUAUUCCUAUUCUUUUAUUCCCUUAGCGUUGGUCAGGGUCAUAUAAACUAAAAUGUUUGUUUGUCCAGACGAAAAAAUCAAAAACUUAAUAACUCUUGAGAGAAACGGUGUAGAUGGCUGAAACUAGUAGACUGUAGGUAAUCUAGCAUGAAGAAUCUAAUGGUACCAUCUGAGGGUCAUCAAGUAGUCUUCAGAAGAACUUUGAAAAACAUUUUGUUUUCUGCCGAUAUUUAGCUACAGUUUGAAUCAAUAUGACGGAUAAGCAUGAUGUCCAAUAUCUGUGGAUCUCUCUAGAAAUCUCGGUUUUCUCCCGAUUUCUGUAACGAUUUGAAGAAAAUGAAGGGUGGUAUGCUCGGGUUGUCUGAAUUGUGAGAAAAUCCUCCCAGCCUCUGUCAGUUCCAGAGUGUUGAGAUAAAGUCGUUUUCCUACAAAUGUAAGACUUUUAGUGUCACUUAAUAAAUAUUUUAUACUGUCCACUGGAAAUUUCUAGUAGAUAUUUGUAUGCUGUGCGACCUGAAAUUGAUUUUAUGCGGACAUGGGUAUUUCGAUUGUAGAGCUGUGAUGUGCGUAUACGAGAGGCCACAUAUGAGAAGAAAAUGAUGUGAGUAGGGCACAAAAGAGAGGAAGCCUGUGUUUGUCCGACUAGGCUUUUCUUUGACGGUUGUUCAUGAUGCCCAUUGGCCAAGAAAAGGUCAUCGGUGGCUAUUGUUGUUCUAUUGGCCGGGAAGUAAUCAUCUGCCGCUAUUACUUGUUGUCGUCGACGUUGUUCCAGCGGUCGAUUAUUUCGUUUUCCUACCUUUUGUGGCUGUUGGUAUUCUUCGUAAUAUUCUGGUUCGGGUGCCGGGUCUUCAUAUAAUAUGUUAUAUAGGUUGAUGUCCAUGAGCUAGUACUUUGGCAUAUGUUCGUCGUACGAACUUACGUUUGUUGUGUUGAAAUGGUCUGUAUUGUUGCUCUUAUGGUGCGAGCCGCCGUUUGAUUGUACUGGGAUAACGGGUGAUGGUGGUAUAUAGCUGUCAGUGUUUGUGUAUGCAUUAAAAUUUGAUGAAAUACCGGUUUGAAACCGUCUUUUUUCUAUUCGUGGCAGUGGUCGGCGAUUCGAAUUGUAAUAUGUUUGUUGUCGAAUCGGUCCCUGCCGUUGAUUGUAUCGACACUGUGCCUGUGGUAUUUGAUUGAAAUAGAAUUAGUGGCCCAUCGCUGCAACAACGACAUUGACAGAUGUUCAAGUGUUUUUCCAACUUUCCGUAUUGCUGGUAUAAGUGUAGCAUGCGAUUGGUUGUUGCUUUGCUUUUACUACCGUGCAUGCUGCGGUAGCAUCCAGUUUGCCGGCUUAAUUGUUUCCAUCUCUUCAACGCUACGCGCUUUGGAGUUUAAGUCUAUACGGAGAAGCAUUAUAUUCAACACUAUUGACAAAAAAAUCGUUCAAAUCAAUAAUUUUACUACAAGAAGUACGAAAAUAUUACUAUCUCCCUAAAGGAUCAACAAGUUUAAAACGAGAGCAACGAUUGAGUGAUGCUGCUGAUGCGCAUAUUAAAGUCGGAAAUGUUCGUCAAUAUUGUGAAAUUAUGACUGAACUGGGCGAGAAAGCUCUAUCGAAACUGCUACAAUGUGGUUUACUCGAAUUAGCAGUAUGUCUCGGUGAAUAUCUUUCACACGACACUGGAAUCAAUUAUCUAUCAAAAUACUAUCCGACAAAGCAACCAUUAAAUAAUGACAAUAUGUAUGUAAAUGUUAAUCUACUAUCGUCAACAGAAUAUGAAUUAUUAACGAAAGAAUCCUUGAAUAUUAGAGGAAAAGAAUAUGAAACAAUUUCAUACUAUUUUCUAGCACAAAAACCGGCUAUUGGAAUUAAAGUUGCUAUCAAUUAUAUCAGUGGUAUGCGUUGA